UCGGCAGUCACUAACUCGAGAAGCUUACUCUGUUUAAGCUUAUACUUAAUUCUAGUCAGCAAUUAUUAUAAUUCACAUACAUCUAACUGGAGAUGUGCUAACGUGUUUUGAAGAGUGCAAAAAUAAUAAAAAAUAGAGAAAUUGCAAUUACAAGAAUUUACUAAAAAUAAAUUUGUGCAAAAUUUGCAAAGUGUAUCCACCGUAAAGUGAAAUGUCGCAACAGAAUGGCAUUUCCGCCGAAGCCGCACCGGAAGCGGAGACGGAGCCAAAAGGAGUGGUGGUUUAUUUAAAAAAGCUAUGGACAUAUCGACAAUAUUUGGUGAUCGAACCAUUUUUCUUUUUCUACUUGAUGGCUAGUGUUUUUAAUGCAGUAGCAAUGCAAAAUUUCCCGCUCGACAAGGCGUGUCGCGUUAAUUUGGGUUAUAAUAAAAUUGUCUGCGAAACCACUUUGGACAAAUCCGAGCUGGGCAUAGAAUGCGACGACUUCAAUUUUGAAAACACAACGCUCGGCGCAGAAGCAGCAGAUGCUGCGCUCUCUAUCGGUUCGUCGGGCUUCAACUACACUGUGUGCAAAGCUGAAAUCGAGGCACAAAAAUUAGCUGCCGAUGUAUCUGGAAAACGCGCACCCAUUGCUGCCAUCUUUCCUUUGAUUGUGUUACUUUUCGCUGGUGGCUGGUCUGAUCGUUACAAUAAGCGCAAGCCAUGCAUGAUUAUGCCCAUUAUUGGCGAGUUGCUUUCCUUCACAUGUUUGCUAAUUUCGGCUAUCUUCUUCGACGCCCUGCCUAUGGAGUUUGGCGCAUACUGCGAGGCGAUCGUACCUGCAUUAUUCGGCGGACUCACGUUUUGUUUAAUGGCUAUAUACAGUUAUAUAACUAUAGCGACACCUGAGAAAGAUCGGAUAUUUAGAUUUGGUAUCUUUGCGAUGUUCGUGACAGCUGUGCCUUUUAUUGGCCAACCAAUAAGCGGUUUUCUGUUUCAGAAACUUGGUUAUAUAUUUUCCUUUGGCAUGGCCGCAUCAUUUCAAAUUAUUGCCAUACUCUACAUAAUAUUCUUUAUAAAAGAGGUGCAACCCGCACCUAAAACAGUUGAAAAAGCACCUGAAGACAUCCCGCCACCAUUGCCGGCACAUGGUCCACCACCGCUACGUGUCGGCGCUGACAAUUUGGCUUAUGAGCACACAGGCACCGAUGAGGUGGAUCGCGUCAAGAAUGUGAGUUUUGAAUUAAAUUCGCGUUUAGAGCCGUCAGAUAAGUCGGCACAGUUAUCGAAUGCUGACGCUGCAACACCCGCUCGACGGUCCUUUCUUCGUGAAUUCUUCGAUCCAACUUUGGUUUUAGAUUGCCUUAAAUUUCCAUUAGUAAAACGUCCGAACCACGGAAGAAUGUUACUGAUUUUACUUAUAACUGCUUACUUUUUGACCCUUGGUCCCGUUUCAGGCGAAAAUGAUUAUUGGUACCGUUAUACACUUAUCAAACUCAAUUGGAAUGGAAAUGACUUUAGUUUCUUCUUCACGUUUUCUUCUGCGGCAGCUUUAGUUGGCACUUUUAUUGGGACCGCUAUACUUAGUAAAUUGCUGAAAUUUUCGGACCCCACCAUUGGCAUAUUAUCAGCUGUAGCAAUUGUUAUUUCACGAAUUCUCUUUGCUUUUGCCAGUGAUACGAAGUCUUUCUAUGUUGCUGGUGUUGUUGAUAUGUUCGUGAGUUUGCGUGUCAUUGCCAUCAAAACUAUCAGCUCCAGCAUUGUUGAUGGCGCAGAAUUAAGCAAAAUGUACUCGAUAUUUGGUAUUAGUGAGCCAAUUGGGCAGUUCAUAUUCCCGCCAAUUUUCAGUGCCAUAUAUCAAGAAACUGUGGCAACUUUUCCUGGUGCGAUCUUUCUCUUUGGCGAAGUAUUCUAUGUACCCAAUGUGCUGGUGUUUAUAUUGUGUUAUAUCAUUUUACGGCGCAGAAAUAAAUCUCCGCAGAAGCCCGUAGAAAGUACCAGUGCAAAUACUGACCCCACAAAUCCGGAUUGUGAAAUAACUAGUCUAUAAUUCUUUUAUUCAUGUAUAUAAAUUUAAUAAGAAUGCUGCC